CUGGCCAAGAUGUCGCCGGCUCCGGAAUUAGGCGGUCACGUGUUGCCCGCGCGGCUCUGCAGCGACGGCUCUUGGAUGUAGACAUGGCGGGGGGCGCGAAGAAGCAGGUCCGCUUUGCCCGGCUGGAAGAAGAUGGAGCGCGAGACGCAGGAGCAGGAGCAGCCCUCGGGGACGCCGCUGCGGAAAAACCGGCCGCCGGAGAGUCGCCCUUGAAGGAGCCGCUUCGAAGCCCGGCGCGGCUUGCCCUUCAGCCGGUUGUAAAGGUGGCUGAUGGCAGCGGCCGAAGAAGCCGGGCAGGAGGCGGCCUUGGCGCGGGAAAGCAGGCGGUAGCAGUGGCGGUGGCGGCUUCCCGGCGGGCACUGAAAUGGUGCAUUUCGGCUGCUCUUUGUGCCGCUUUCCUGGGCUUGGGGAUGGCUAUUGCUAUUCUAGGGCCCACCUUUCAAGACCUGGCUGCAAAUGUGAACAAAAACAUCAGUCAAAUUUCAUAUAUCUUUGUGGGACGUUCAGUGGGAUACUUUAGUGGUUCUCUAAUUGGUGGAAUCCUUUUUGACUGCAUGAACUCCCAGUUUCUUUUGGGCUUAUCUAUGCUGGGUACAGCAAUAGGUCUAUAUAGUAUUCCAUGGUGUAAGAAAGCCCUCUUGUUAACAGCCGUGAUGUCUGUCAUUGGUUUUGCAAUGGGAGUCCUGGAUACAGGUGGAAAUGUUCUUGCUUUGGACACAUGGCGAGCAGAAGCUGGUCCACACAUACAGGCCUUGCAUUUCAGUUUUGCCCUCGGUGCUUUUGUGGCUCCCAUCCUGGCGAAGAUGGCACUUGGUACUACUGUUGGAUUGCAGAUACAUCUAGGUGGCAAUAUUGAUAAUCAGUCAACUGUGAUUUCUCCUCCUGAUACUACAUUGUUGCCGAAGCUUCAUUUAAACUUGAAUUUUGUGUGGUCUUAUGCUGUAAUUGGCACUUACCUCUUACUUGUUGCACUGUCUUUCUUUACUUUAUAUUUGAGGAGCAUUCCUGUUCGAGGCAGAGCAAAGAAUGUUUCCAUGCAGAAAUACCAAAUCGCAAAAUAUCACCAUGCUCUCAUAAUUCUUCUUUCUGUGUUUUUUUUUUGGUAUGUAGGAGCGGAGGUAACCUAUGGCUCCUACAUUUUUACUUAUGCAAAAACCUAUGCUGUUAUGAAAGAAACAGAAGCAGCAGGGUUGAACUCUCUCUUCUGGGGAACAUUUGCAGCUUGCAGAGGAUUGGCAAUCUGCUUUGCUACCUGUUCUUAUCCUGGACCUAUGAUCUUGAUGAGUAUCAUAGGCUCCACUGUGUCAUCACUUUUCUUGGUCCUCUUCAACACAUAUUCAAUUGCUCUGUGGGUUGCUUCCGCGGUGUACGGCGCAUCGAUGGCUACUAUCUUUCCUAGUGGUAUUUCCUGGAUAGAGCAGUAUACUACUGUUCAAGGGAAAUCGGCAGCAGUGUUUGUAAUGGGUGCAGCUCUGGGAGAAAUGUGUAUUCCUGCAGUGGUUGGCUUCCUUCAAGGAUAUUUUCCCACUCUCCCCGUGCUCAUGUAUGCUGCAUUGGGAGCAGCUGUCAUGACAGCAGUGCUGUUCCCUGUGAUGUAUAAAUUAGCGACAUCGUCCUAUGAUGCCAAGUUGAAGGAUGCUGGAGACAGGGAAGUUCAAGAAGCGUUAUUGUCCAACACUUAUCCUGAAGAUGAUGAUGAGGAUAAUGAAGUCAGAGAAUGGAAUGAAGUAGAAUUUGAAGUAAUUGAGAUGAAUGACACACUACAGAACUCGGUCAUAGAGACCUCUAAGAAGAUCCAAGGAGACUUUACUGCCGCCAUCUCCAGCCAUCCUCCUUCAGGGAAUUUGUCAUUUAAUUCUUCCCCUGUGCUUGCCAUCAGAUCCCCAAAACAAAGGAGUUCAAGUAAGAAUGAUUAAGUUGUCUUAUUUUAGUGCAGAAAGAUUUCAGGAAACCAGGAUUUCAACUUUAAGAUCAUACAUUAUUUCAAUAGUGGUGGAAAGUUUGCUGAACUCUAAGCCAUUUUACUUUAAAGUAUGAGGAAAGUGGCAGCUACUAAAGAGGAAUGGAGCCCAUUUUUUUAACCAUGAGAGUGACUGAAAGACAAAGUAGAAUGUUUCCUAAAUUUCUUAUUUCAAUGUUUCUUCAGGAAAGUGAAAACUGUAAUUAGAACGAAUAAAGAGAGCUUAUGUGUUCUGCUCAUACUGUUUGCUCACAGGAUGUUUAUAACAUCCUGUGCUACAGUCUGUGACACUGUGCUACAGGAGGCUGAAGAAUAAGAACCUUCAAUUCAUUGUUGUCAUCUCUGGAAACAGGAUAAAUUUGGAAAAUCAAUCCUUGCAGACCUGCAUUUCUAAGUCACAGUUCCAUGUGUUUAGACUGCAUCCUAAAUAUAGAUGUAUUCUAUCCUAUUUAACAAAAAGAAUGAUUUUUAAAAAAUAAUUACAUGACCACAGUCGUGGUUAAAUUGAGAAAUAUGUAUUUUAAAAUUUUUCUUAGAAGCACUUUGUAUAAUAGAAAUAUUUGUUGAAAAAAAUUGGGUUUGUAUUGAUAUAAUAGUUAACUCUGUGAAUUGAACAAGUUGGAGUUUAAGAAUGCUCAUCAAGCUUAGCAAAGAUGAAGUAUAAUCUCAGGUCAUGACUUGCAAGGCAGGAGGGAGGUCACGUGCAAUCCCAAGAGAAAGAGCAUCCCAUGGCCUGCUUUGGGGUUUCUAAAAUAAAAGUUGCUGUCCGCUGCAGACUUUAAUGGGUAGGGAAGGUGAAUCUGUGCCUCAGAAAUGUGAUCAGUUCAAAAUGCAAACUGGAUUGUUUCUUUCCACCUGCAUUUUCAGGUAUGGAAUUAUAAUUUAAAAUCAAGUGGUGUGCCUGUUGUCACUGCAGCUGCACUAUUAAGUGACCUUAUGUUUACAUGGCAUACUUUGGUACUUGAUUUGUUCAUGUAACAUCUUUGGAUAAGUCAGUUUUAAAAUAAAAACUAUUUAAGAAAAUAUCCCUCAGAGAUAUUCUAUUAUAAAGUAUAUAAAUCAGUAAAAAACCGAUGGUAUCUUUAAAAAAAUUAACUUGCAGGAAAUUCUUAAGAUGCAUUGAAUACAACUGUAAUUGAAAAUUCUAAAUCUGUCAAGAGGUGAUGUGCACUGAAGCCACCUUUUCCAACUUGGGCCUUCUAGAUGUGUUUGACUACAACAUUCAUAAUUCCUAAUCUGCAGUACCCUUGGUUGUGUUGGACAAAGAUGAUGGGAAUUUAAAACCAUAACAUCUAGAGGCAGUCAGGCUGGGGAGGCUAAUUAAAGAAUUAGUUUCUUAAAAAUUAAAUAUUGUCUGUGUGUGUUAUCAAAAACCAGAGUGCUAAUUAUCUCUAAAGGACAGUACCAGUGCUUUCUAUUCAAAAAAGCCUUACUGUGACUAGCAUUGGAGAAAUAAUGUUGCAGAUUAAAAUUUUAAUCAUUUUUUAAAACUCUUGAUCAAAUUAUACUUGCUGGUAAUAUUUUAACUACCAGAAUUAGAUGCUUUUAAGUGCAACAGUGGUUCAAGAUAUGAUUAAAAUGCAGUAAUGUUAAUAUUUCUGUAGUAAAUGGUGAUUGAGUUGUGUUGAUGGCUCGGAUCAUUUUAAGGAUUCUUACUCCUACUUGAUAAUGAACUAUGACGACUGCUGCAGCUUUUGAACUGGAUUGUCUCCAGUUAUAUUAAUUUACAUGUAGAAUGGUCACUUCUGAGAGUUUGGAGUCUCCCUCCUCUGUACACCAAUAAACACAACCAAAGUUGUUCUGAAGGCACUUUGGGUGCAGAUCUAAAUGGGGGAAGAUCAAGAGAACCUGAUAGCGAGUGGAAGUCUUCUUACGGAUUGUUGGAUGUAAGUCUUGGUAUUCACUGGGGGUAUCAUGUCUCCCAACAGUGUAUGUAUAUCACAUCUUUUUGGAUGUGUGCAUGUUGGAGUUAGCAGUAUAAAAAAAUAUGAAUCAGCCCUACACUUUGACUUGUACCUUUUGAUACCUUGUUGUAUUCUGCAGUAUGUUAUUUGCCUUAAGUGUUAAAAUUAUUGCUUGGAUAUGAUUGUGGUUUUUUUUCUUGUGUGUUCCCAAUGUUAAGAUAAUUUUGUAAUAAAAAUAAAAUAGGGAGUUUAUUUA